AAGUGAUCUAGGGUACUAUUACUAAUUGAGGCAAUUGAUGCUUCAUUAUAAUUACCGAUUCAAGUAUAAACUCGCGCAAGCCAUUUUCAGUUCAUUUACUAGAGAAAACGCAAACGUAUGAGCCAGAUCGAUAAUCAAGAAGAUUCAGUUUUUUGGGCAUUCGGUAUUAAGACAGAUUUGUGGACGAGGGAUUCAAUUGGAACAAUAAAAUCUCAUCUUUACUCUGUGAUCCGUCUUUGAAAAGUCAAAUAGCAGGUUGAAAGUGACCGCCUAAUAAUUUUUUCGAAGAUGGGGAUAGAAUCUUACAACACGCCGGGGACAGCGAAAGAGAAGAACGUUCGACAGAGACAGAUCCGGCAAAACUACAGAACUACGAGCUCCCGUUUUCCAUGUUUACCCCAAGCACCAAGUGGCCCAAGUAUUAUGAGCAGCUUCUUCUACGGCUGUAAGACCAACGGCGAUAGCAUUGAAUUCACAGAUAUUGAGCAAGCUCGAUCGUCGUUGAAACCUUGGUGGGCUCGGCGCAAAGAAGAUGCUAACGGACCAGAUAAAUUAUUUCCUGAUGGAAAACAAGUUGAAGAGACAAUUAUCUUACCAAGUGUAACACCAAAGAGGACAUUCAUCAGACGGUCGAAUGCGCCUGUCAAACAGGAUCACGUUCGCCUACCAAAUAUUGAAAACAACUACAGCUCAAAUUCAACUUCUUUGAGGACAAUUGAACACGAAAAAGAAGACUUCAAAUUUCCUGUACUAAACAAUGCAUGGAUUCGUCCAAGGAUUGUCCGUAGACAAGAAUCGAUAGAAAUCGUUCAACAAGAUUCUAAAGAAUCGAGAACUUUAGCAAGAUUUGACAGUAGAACUAUAAGUAAGGACGGACUGUACCUGCCGCAAAUCAAUGUAGAUGUCAAUCUGGACGACUGAAUGGAUGAAAAUGAAAUAUUCCCCGAAAUUUCCCCGAGGCACAUGCGUGUGCAUCCUCGUCCAAAUUUGAAGUCAAUGACUCGGUCGGUUAGAUGGAAUCUACCCACAACUUAAACAUCAAGAAUUAAUAAACUGUUAAUAAAUGUAUUAUUUAUUUAAAAAAUGAAUCUCAUUUACGAUCUGAAGUCAAUGACUUGGUUGGUUAAAUUUUAUCUACCUACAAUUUCAAUUAAACGUCGAGAGAUAGUAAACUGCAAAAAUGUAAACACAAUUUUAAUGUAUUUCAAAAAUGCAUAUCAUUUACAAUAGAACCUGUGAAACAUGUGUAAAUAAAUGUACAUAGAUCAUGAUAUUAAA